AUGGACAGAAUAAAAGGGGACUGUGCCAGUCCUGGGCCACUAGGAGAUACAGAGUCGAGCAGGACAGAACAGGACCCAGGGCAACAACUAGCCAUGUUGGGGUUCUUUCAGAUCUGUGAUGUGGAGGGCAAAGGCUUCAUCACUCGGCAUGAUAUGCAGAGACUUCAUGGUCAGCUACCUCUUAGCCGGGAGGAGCUGGAGAAAGUUUUUGAUACUCUGGAUGCAGAUGGAAACGGUUCACUUACGCCAGAGGAGUUCACGACAGGAUUAAGUCAGUUUUUGUUUGGGCAGAUGGCCUCUAUGAAUGAAAUGCACGAGUCUGACAAUGAAAAUGUCUAUCAGUCUAAGUGGGAAGAGAGCUAUGCUAAAGCUGAUGAUGAUGAAGACGAGGACCGGCAGUUCUCAGAUCUGAUGGACCGGCUUGGAACAAACAAGAUCUUAGAAGACGAGAGCAAUAUAAGACAACUUUGGUCGCAGCUGAGAAAAGAUGAACCUCGUUUACUUUCCAAUUUUGAAGAGUUCCUGGUCAGAGUUUUCUCCCAGCUCCAAGAAGCCGAUAAUGAAAAGAAUGAAUUGGAGUGUGCCCUGAAAAAGAAAAUUGCUGCUUAUGAUGAAGAAAUUCAACAUCUCUAUGAGGAAAUGGAGCAGCAAAUCAAAAAUGAGAAAGAACAGUUUCUCUUGAAGGAUACAGAGAGGUUUCAGUCCCGCAGUCAAGCGCUGGAACAUAAACUCGUUUCAAAAGAACAAGAGCUGGAACAACUGGUUCAAAAACAGAAAAGGCUGGAGGGUCAGUGUAAGGAACUCCACAAUGACAAACAGGAGACCAAAGUGGAGAACACCAAGCUGAAGCUAACAAACCAAGAGCUGCUGCAGGAACUGGAGCGAACGUCUCAGGAGUUAAUAGUCGCCCAGCAACAAUUACAGACGCUCCAGGAAGAGGCUUCAAAACUACAUGAAGAAAAAGAAAUGGAGGUAUACAGGGUGACAGAAACUUUAGAGCGAGAGAAGUCGGGACUCCUUAAGCAGCUGGAUUUCUUAAGAGAAAGGAACAAACAUCUCAGAGAUGAACGAGACAUGUUUUUACAGAAAAGUAAAACAAAUGCUCCAAAAGCCAACUGGAAAAAAAGAUCAGGAUCUAUCAUUGGCAAAUAUGUAGAGGGAAAGGCAUCACUUAAGAGCCAAUCCUCCGAAGAAGAUGAUGUUUUCAAUAACUUAACAAGGAGGAGGAAUUCUAUUGGUUUGAAUGGAUAUCUUUCUUCAGAAUCUGACCAUGGUACUAAUGGGGGCAUGACUCAAACAAAACAACUGCAGAGAAUAAUCUCCAUUGAAGAAGAUCCCUUACCCCAGCUUCUUGAGAUGCCAGUUGAGAAGCAGUACAGCAAGUGGACAGAAGAAAAUGACAAUGUCUCCCCAGAAAAGGAAAUGGAUGAGAAGCAAAUUGUGACAGCUUUAGACCACACACCAUUGUCUCUCAGAGAGCAGCCAGUAGGGAAAGAAACACAAUCAAAUGAAGAGAGAAUAUACUCUGCCCCUGAUCGCUUAUUCAAGAUUGUUUUUGUGGGCAAUUCAAGUGUGGGAAAGACUUCGUUUUUAAGGCGAUUCUGUGAAGGCCAUUUUUCCCCAAACACAUCUGCUACCGUAGGUAUAGAUUACAGUGUGAAAACAGUGACAGUGGAUAACAGCCAGAUAGCCCUGCAACUCUGGGACACUGCUGGGCAGGAACGGUACCGCAGUAUUACCAAGCAGUUUUUCAGAAAAGCCGAUGGUGUCAUUGUGAUGUAUGAUAUAACAGCAAAAGACACAUUCACAACUGUCAAACAAUGGUUGGUGAGCAUUGAGGAGGCAACUGGAGAGAAUAUACCUGUCCUUUUGCUGGGUAACAAAACCGACAAUGAAAAAGAACGAGAAGUCCCUCGUGGACUAGGAGAACAUCUAGCCAAGGUACAGUAUGAAGAAGGGAAUCGGUAA